AUGUCGAUUUUCAAGGUGCUUUUUACUGAUUUUGAAGAAGAGCUGACGAAUCUCAGAAGAAUAUUCGCAAGACGGUGUCUUAUCAUUUGUUCAAUCUCAAAAACUGUCGUUAUUCUUCUUAUUCUAUCUGGUAUCUGCAUAAAGGAAGAAGAAGAGAAGGGGUUCGAAAUUUUCGGAACUCACUUUGAUAUGGAUGACCCAUUCAUUAUUGAUGAAAAUUCAGAUUCGGACGAGCAAAGUAUUCCAGAGCUCUUUGCAGCGAUUUUGACGAUGAUUGUUCUUUUCCUGUCAACAAUACUGUCGACUAAAAUUGUUAUUUUCAAUCUAUCAAAGGCUGCUUUCGGGGACAUUCAAGCGCUGGAAAAUGAGCUCAAUGUUAUUCUUUCAGAUCUUGAAAACGUAAUUCCUGAAGUCAACGAUGAACCGCCAAAAUACGACGAACUUGCUCGAGCAGAAACUCCCCCACCUGAGUAUUCUUCAAUCAAUCCUACCAGUAAUGCCAGUACCUCUUUGCCAUGA